CCGCCCCUCUUCUCUUUCUCCUAUUUGUGUUUCGCUACUUCUGUCUCUCUCAACUUGGCACCUCCCUCAGACAUAGCAUUAGGAAGAUAGAGAGAAUGGAAUUGCCCGAUUCUUCAGGUGGUUUGCUUUCUGAAUUGGAUAUUGAUGCUUUCAGACGCUUGUUUCCUCUUCAGUUUUAUGAGAGCCAUCUUGUCAAGUCCACACGGCCUGAUGGGAGGUCACUUGACAAAGCAAGAGAGACCUCCUCAGCCCUUGGGGCUGUUGCAUCUGCAGAUGGAUCAGCACUAGUUAAAAUUGGUUCUACGACAAUGUUGGCUGCUAUAAAAAUGGAAGUCAUGACCCCUUCUCAAGAAUCCCCAGAUGAAGGAUGCAUAGCAAUUGAUUUCCACAUGCCUCCUAUAUGCUCUCCACUUGUAAGGCCCGGAAGGCCAGCUGAGGCAGCACCAGUUGUGUCAAAGCAGCUAUCUGACACUAUUUUAAGUUCUGGCAUGAUUAAUUUGAAGGAGUUAUCCUUGAUCAGUGGAAAAGCUGCUUGGAUGGUCUACCUGGACAUAUACUGUUUGGAUGCUGAUGGUGCUCUCUUUGAUGCUGCUUUGCUGUCAGCAGUCGCUGCCUUUUCUCACUUGCAGAUUCCUGUAGUUUCUAUGAAUGACGAAGGAAAAGUAGUAGUUAUGUCUGAGGAAAGUGAGGGAGGAAAGGAGCCAGUCAAUAAAGAGAAGAGGAAACUCACAUUAUGCAGUAUUCCAUUUUCGCUAACAUGCAUACUUUAUAAAAAUUACAUCUUGGCUGACCCUACAGCAGAGGAGGAGUCCAUCAUGGAAACUCUUGUAACCGUGGUUUUGGAUUCAUCUGGUCAGCUGGUGUCUCUUUACAAGCCAGGUGGACCAGUUCUUGCAUAUACAUCAGCUAUCCAGGAUUGUGUUGCACUCACUAGGCAAAGAGUGAGGGAGCUUAAGACAAUUUUAGAUGAAGCCACUGCUGGUAUGGAGGUUGAUUAGUUUCAUCUUUCAUCUCCUAACGGAUUUGUCUUUUCUAUUAACAUCUUGUUCUGGCCUUAAUUUUGUAUUGAUAUUGGUUACUCUAGUGAAAUGCUUCAGAAAGGUAGCAUUAGUAGUCAUAUACUGAGUUGCUGUGUGAAAUAUUUAUUGUCACAUUGUUAGAGCAUUUAGCAGCUGUGGUAAUUCAAAUUUCAUGAAAUUUGGAUGCCA